AUGACCUUCAGACCGAAGUCGAAGUUGAAACCGAGCGCAAAGAAGCAAUGGAAAUGGCCAUCGAAGAUCUCCGGCAAACGAUUGUCUGGCCUCGCCGGGGAGUCUACUCCUGGGAGCACGUUUAAGAGGACUGUGCUGAUUUUUGGUGGUAUUGGGUUAUUUUUGUACGUUUUGAGCAGCUUUUUCAGUUUGGGACAACCACCAAGAACAUAUCCGGCGGAGCACGGCCAUUACAUACAUGAGAUACCUGCAUUGAGUCCACUGAUCUUUCCACAUGUUGAGCAUGCAACUGUUUUGAAGGAGAUUGGAGUUAGAGGGCUCUAUACCGUUAGAACAGAUAUCGAUGGACAAUCUUCGCUUGUCAUGAAGCAUGACGAUGAGCCGUUGUCCGACGAGGAAAAGAAGAAGACAUCGGACCAAGUAUUACUGGUGAAGAGGUCGUUCUUGGACCACGGGAAGCUGGUUUAUCGCAAGAGCGUGACGUCUCCGGAAAUUGUGAUUGUCACACUGAUUGAUUUUGAGAAUUGGGAUCUGGACACGAUUGUCUCUGUGGUGCAAAACAGGGUCGACUACGCUCAGAAACACAAGUACGGGGUUUACGUGCGUUGGAUACAAGAGUUUGUACCGCUGCUGCGCAACCAGGACUUGAAGGCCUCCCAGGAGUACAUCAAACCACUGAUUAUGAGGGCAGCCAUUCACGCGUUCCCACAGGCCAAAUACUUGUUCUUCGUCGACCAAACCUCUUUGAUUAUGAACUUGGAGCUCACACUGCAGCAGCAUCUGCUGGACCCCGACGUUCUGGACAUGGCCCUUCUCAGAAACGUCCCUAUCAUCCCCGGCUCGAACAUAAAGACCUACACACAUUUCAACGUCGAUACUACCAGAAUCAUCAUUCCGCAAAGUCCUGCCGGUGAACUCGACCUGUCUUCCAUGGUUGUCUCCACCGAUUUGUACGGAAAGGCUUUCUUGGAGUACCUCAUGGAUCCUCUAUACACAAACUACGACUGGGACAGUUUCUCCGCGAGCGUUGCCCACAUGCUACAAUGGCAUCCGCAGCUGCUCGGUAAGACGGCAUUGGUUGUACAGAAAUUGAUUGCAGCCCCAUAUGAUGCGAACAGUAAGCCUGAUGCGGCAUCAAAGGAGAAAGUCGAUGCUCUACACUACACCGAUGGCGAUUUCGUCGUGUCCCUGAACAACUGUAAACUGCGUGGAACCUGUGCCUCUGACAUCCAAUCCUUUUAUUCCAAGAUUAGAAAGAGCUAA